AUGGUAAGCAGCCAACCGUCAUUUUAUCCCAUGGCUUUUAACGAACUCGAAUCAAAAAAGGUGGAUCAAGCACAAACUCAGCAAAUGCUGCCAAUCUGGGCCAUUGUGAUUAUCAUUGUUGUGGUCAUUGCGUUGGUCGCAGUCGCCGUAUUCUAUAUGAAGAAGCAUCGAUCAAGAUCACUCUCAGUGGAUACGAUACACAGAAAAGAAGACGAGAAAAAGUCCAUGUCGACCUCUUCAUUUCAGACACUCGUCACUCAAAAGCACAAGACACUGAGCCCCAAAUCAGAGACAUCUUCAUCCUCAAUCACUGCCUCAUUGCCACAAUCACUGCCUUCUGCUCUUCCAGCAGCACCUUCACCAGCACAAGCAUCAAUUGCAAUCGCCAAGAAGACAAAACCAACAGCAGCGACAGCAAUUACUCCUCAAUCAAACGAGAAAACGGAUAAACCCGCAUCUGACUACAACGAAUCAGAUUAUACACCUCCUGAGCCUCUACAGGAGAUCAAAAUUUCAUUGCCAUUACCACCCCCUUCAACAUCAUUUUUCUCUGAUAAGAUGGAGCUGGAUGGCGAUGAUGCGCAAGAUUUCUAUGACAUGUAUCUAAACAGCAAAAGCAAGCAAGAUAACAGCUUUAUUUCAAUUGAUCUCGAUAUGCCUUCAUUUUACUCAAAUGUGCAACAAAAGGCAGCUACCAUCAAAUCCACCCUGAGGCAGUCCUUGAGAGUCAAGCAGAAAUCAAAUAGGAAUUCUGUCCAGCAGCUAUUCUCAGACGAACAAUAUUCAUCUAGCGGAAAAUCAGGGGAAGAUGCCAUUGUUAUCGUGCCUUUGAAGCAGGAUUCCCCAAAGGUCGUCAUUGACAUGAACCUACCCGCAUUGUCAUCCGCGCCUUCUCCACUACCGCCAGCAGAAGCACCACCACCACCACAGCGACAAGACAUCAACGUCAUUACUCAAUCAACGGCAAAUCCAUCCAUCCAGCUGGGUGCUGAUGAGUCUCCAAUUACUCCUAAUCCAAACUUACAGGAACCUGUUCGAGCUGCGAAACGUGUUAUUCGCUCUGCCUCCAGAAAGACAAAGACACGGUCCAUGGUCAUAACAGAUCCCACCACUACUGAUUUAGCGGACGACAAUGAUGAAAAUGGCAACGGUAAAAGAUCAAAACAUGGAUCUAUUCGAUAUACUAGUACUCGUGGUCCUAAAAGCAAUGGUGAACAUAUCACCAUCACAUCUGGCUCUAUGCGACGUCUUGUGCGUGAAAGCAUCUUGUUUGAUGAGGAUGCGCUUCCUCUGCCCUCCUCUGCCGCUAUAGCCAGUAGCUCUCAUGCUGCUGCUUCAUCUUCCAUAGCAGCAACAGCACCUUCAGCAGCUAAAAAGAGUGUAGUGGAUAUUGCUGGUUGGUGGGAUACUCCUAAAACUAGUGCAAACACGAAUUCAAAACCUGUCGUCGUUGUCGCCGCCACCACUGAACAUGUCAAUGAAAAUCAUUUACCCCUGAAUAUUACAUCGGGCCUAGAUAGCAUAUCAAGCAACACUCCUAAUCAAUACAGAGCUUCUCUUUCUGCUUCCAUUUUUGCUGGUACUCUCUCAAAAGCAAGCGGCUCAAACGCUUCACUGUUCUUUGAUCUAAAGGAUGAUACCGCAAAUCACAGCAAUUGUGGUGUGUCGCGUUAUGGCUCGUUUAGAAGAGGCACAUUAGGGAGAAACACACUAAGAUCAAUUACUGCUAAUGCUACUAACGGUGUCAACAGGUCCCUCAAAGGGCUAUUUGAUUACUCUUCUUCCACAUCUCUGUCAAACAAGGUGGUUCCAGUCGACAGCCAAAAGAUGGAGCUAGAUUCCGAGCCUGUCAUGUCAAUAGUUGAAAGCACUGUAGAUGUCAAUGUCGACCCGCCCCAGCACUUGAUCCGCCAGAAAAGCGUGCGCACGUCAACGUCAAGCAAUAGCAAUAGACCUGCACCGCCUGUUUCCUAUCUAAAGACAUCAGAAUCCUCUACAAAAUAUGCACUGACAGACGAUGAAGACAUGGAAGACAAGGACGAAUCUUCUAAAAAGACUGCCUUGGACGACAUGGCUCACCCUGAAUCGCCUACAUUGCCUCAAGGCCAUUAUGAUCUGCCUUCUGGAAGCAACAAGAUUGAAGCAGCAUCGCCCUCCAUUGCAAAAUUAGCAGAGAACAAUUUUGCACAAGACAGCAUGCCCAAUUCACCCUUGAGCUCAUCAACUACCCACAAAGGAGAAGUGGAUACCAUCAGACGUAUGCUUCAAGACACGUGGAUUACCAAUAUGAAGGAAAGCGCAUCAAAUUACAGCAUGCUAUCAGAGACUGAUAGUGUUGCGACAACAUCCACUCAAUCGACCAUAUCCUCGAAAUUGGUACCUCGACAACAGCAAUCACUCUUGUCAAAAUCACUGCUCACUCAGCAAGUAGCUAAGCGUGCCUCUUUGUUGGCUCGUCAUAAUGGCGAAGAAGAGUUCAUACCUCAACAAGGCCCAGAACCCUCGGCAUCCUUCUCUUCUUCCACGGUUAGAACAAUGGUGCCUGCAAAUGAAUCUGCUAUAUGUAGUAGUCUUAGCAGUGAACCUAUUGCUAUUCGUCAAAAUGCCAUCAGUAGUAAAAUGCAUGGCAGUAACAAGAUCCAAGAGUCCUCAUACGACGAUAAACCCCCUUUGAUGAAUCGGUUCUCAACAUCACCCAUGACAGACGUAUCUGCAAUAUCAUCACCACGCAACAGCAGCGCUGAAAGCAGUCGAGGCCACAGUCGCAAAAGCAGCGGAGGCAACAGUGCAGCAACAGCCUUGAGGAUCAGUAGCGGCUAUUCUGCCAAUGCAAAAACAUGGAACGGUCGAGCAUUAAAGAGGACCAACAAACCAUCCGUAACACAACAAGGCUUUGUAUCGCCCGACGAUAGUCUUGGAAGAUCCAGUGUCAAUAAAAAGUUCUUUAGUACAAUGCGAAAAGGGCAAAAAACCCGAGGCAACAUACCUUGGAUGAUGGAAGAGGAGUCCAGUCAGGAAAAAACACCUGCUCAAAUCGAACGAGAUCGAUAUCUCGAGGGUGGCAGUAUUUUGUAA